AUGGAUCUGGAGAAUAACCCACUAGCGACUACAAGUACCACGGAUUUUUCAAGUGAAAAUGAGAAUAAUGCAUGUGAGGAUGAUACUCGAGAAAUGAUAUCAAACUCAAACCGUCGUGUUAGAAGAAAUACCUCCAAUGAGAAUACAAAGGUUGGUGAUGAGGAUGACGGUAUUAGUCCAGGAAAUAUCAGAAUAUUUAAUAAUGGAGGAACCCGGCAUGUAGUGAUAUCUAAAAAUGACAUUGGUAGGAAGAAUGGCCGCAAGUACGUGAGAUCAACAGCAAGAUCGAGUAUGAAAACCGCACAAUCCCAAGCACAGUCUGGUAAUAAUACUUCCAACUCAUUUGCACAGAACCCAGAUUCACGUAGCAAUAAUAAUAAUAAUAAUAAUAAUAAUAAUAAUAAUAGAUACUCAGAAGAGGAUGGAGAGUCUUUAAACAAUUAUUCCUCCGUCCCAAGUAAUUCAUAUUCUGCAGAAUUCGAAGAUGCACCUACCCAUCAACCAAGUAUCGAAUUCUAUACACAUGAUGGGUUAAAUGAUAGUCAUCUAUUGAAAGGUGAACGUGUCCAUUCUUUACCACAAAAUAACUCUGACUAUCAUAUUUUCGGUUCAAGAAGAUAUUUGAAAUCUGAAUUACGUAGAGCUCAUGGUGGUACAUUAAUGCCUGGGUUAGCCCCACCAACAAUCCAUAAAUUUGGUAAUCCAGUUCCAUUAGGUCUUUCUGCAUUUGCAUUAACUACAUUUGUAUUAUCAUUUUAUAAUGCAAGAGUCAAACAUGUUAGAAUACCGAAUAUGGUCGUUGGAUUAGCAAUGUUUUAUGGUGGAUUUGUUCAAAUUAUUGCAGGCGUUUGGGAAUUAGCAAUUGAAAACACGUUUGGUGCUACCGCAUUGUGUUCUUAUGGUGGGUUUUGGAUGAGUUUUGGUGCUAUCUUUAUUCCUUGGUUUGGCAUCCAAAGCUCGUUUGGUAAAGAUACUAGAGAAUUUGAUAAUGCAUUUGCUAUCUAUCUUUUAGCAUGGUGUAUCUUUACAUAUGGACUAUCUGUUUGUACUAUGAAAUCCACUGUCAUGUUUUUCAGUUUAUUUUUCUUAUUAGGAACUACAUUUCUUUUAUUAAGUCUCGGUAGUUUUACAGCAAAUGAUAAUGUUACACGAGCUGGUGGAAUAUUAGGGGUGAUUGUAUCAUUUAUUGCAUGGUAUAAUGCCUUUGCAGGUUUAACAGAUAAACACAAUUCAUAUUUUGUUAUCAGAUCUAUGCCAUUACCCACAAAUGAAAAACACUGGGCAUGGGCACCAAAAGGGUUUCAAAAACGGGAAUAA